CGGGACAAGGCUAUUCUCAUGUGGGACUAGUGAAGGAGGAGAAUCAUACCUUGCCGAAUGGAAUGAAAGUGAGGGGGCUAUCAAGCAUGUAUAUAAUGGUCUUUGGAAACGGUCUGUGGGGGUAGUGCAAUUUGAUACAAUGAAGAACCGGUUCCUAGCUACCGGUGAUGAGUUUCAGAUAAAAUUUUGGGACAUGGAUGAUGUUAACAUCUUGACUACUACAGAUGCAAAGGGUGGAUUACCGGCUUCUCCUUGCAUUCGAUUUAACAAGGAAGGGAUACUGCUCGCUGUAUCAACAAGAGAGAAAGGAAUCAAAAUACUUGCAAAUGCUGAUGGUCUACAGCUUUUGCGUUCUAUUGGAAAUUGUGCAGUUGAUAACUCCAGAGGAUAGAAGACUUAGUUCAUGGUGCUUUUAUUGAAGUUAUGUUUGAUUGUGAGGUUGAGGACUCAUUUUCAAGUUUAUAUUAGUUAGCAAAUUCUAGAUUUUAAGGACUUUAUUAUGCACUAGGGAUUUUUAUUAUGUUGUGUUAAUUAUUUUCAUGGAAUUUGAGACAACGUGUCUGUUAAAUUCAUUAAAUUGAGUACUUAAAUUCAGGUUCUCAUACCAGGUGGGGCAUUUAAGGCAAUGUUGAAUCA